AUGGCGUCUAAACCAUCACUGAUAAUGAGUAAGAAAGUAUUAAGUAAACUAUCUGUAAGUGGAAGUAAGAAGAAUUAUUUUUUAUUAUCAACCACAACAGAAGACAAAGAAGAUGGUUUUCAACUUAUUUUAUCAAAUGGAGAAAGUGUUUGGGAAGGAGAAUUAUCAGCAGAUGAAAUAGACAAACAGAGGAAGAAAUUAAAGAUGGAUUUUAACACAUAUUAUAUACAGACAGAGAAAGCCUUUACUCGUUCAGAUGAAGACAAGAAUUAUGAAUAUCAAAUCAAAAUCAAUCAAGAUGAUACAGCUAAUUUAUCAUGGAAGAAACAUGUUACUAAUGAUGAUAUCAAGCUUGGACAUGUUGUAUUAUUAUUGAAAGAUGAUGUUUCAUCUAGUGUUUGUUCUAUAUUAGAACAUUGUGUGAAGACCAAUAAGUUGAAUACUGACAGAAUCCACUCAUUACAAACAGAUAAUGAAAGAUUAUCACAGGAGAGAACCAUGGCUUUAAAGAGACUAGAGAAAUGUGUAGCUGCUAAAGAAGAAAUGGAGAAAGAUCUAUAUUCUAAGUUUGUAGCUGUGUUAAACAGUAAAAAAGAAAAAUUAAGGGAAUUAAAAGAAAACAGAAGUUCUGAAGUUUCAGAAGAAAUUACCUCCUCACCACCACCAAAACCUUCAACUUCAAGAGCUAGUUCUAUUAGAAAUGGAAGAUCAAGAAAGAAGAAGAUGGUGGUGAAGGAUGAUGAUGAAAUGAGUGAAGAGAUGAAUACAGAUGAAGAAGAGACUCCACCACCAAAACGUCAACGUAAAGCAGCCACUGGUAACAAUAUGUCUGAUGGUGAUACUUCAUUGGUUUUAGAAGAUGAUGUCUCUACAUCUACAGUAGUUACAAGACCUGCUAGACAGAGAGCUGGAACAAAGAAAGCUACCCCAUCAAAACCUGUUCUACCCAAAGUCACAAGAAAUCACUCUAAUGAAAGUGGAAGUUCAAUGAAAACUCGAAUGAGUAAAAGUAGUUCAAACAACUCCAAUAUAGAUGCUGAAGAUUUAUUUAGUGAUUUAUAG